GCAGGGAAGUGGCUUAGCCACCGAGAGGUUCUACAAAUUGACGGCUACUCGACGUUUGGAACAAGCUUGUUGGAUAUCCAAGAGGAUGUUUACUGUAUCUCGUUUGAAAUCUCAAUGUCGAUAGAUGAUAGCUGAUUAAUAUCAACAUGUCCGGAAAAAUAAUCUCUGGGAAAGAUGGGACGGUUGGGAUCUUAAAAGCUUUCUGGAGAUGAAAUUAUAAGAUGACGAGCCGCUCGUGACAUCCGUGUCGCGUUCUAUAUGAUGAUGCGACUGAACUUCAAGACAGCCUUGCUUGUUUUGGUUGUUGCAACAGUGAGCUUUCUACUUGCGUCAUGGAAUAAUUGUGGAACCUUGUUGUUCCAUACAGAUUGGAAGACAAAGUAUCAUAAGGAUCGUAUAAAUACAGAAUCGGGAUAUCAAGAGAUAGAUUGUCAUAUAAACGGCGAUUACUCUAUAGGAUGUCGAAAAGAAGGCGACGAAGUGUAUAUACCAUUUUCAUUUAUCCAUAAAUAUUUUGAGAUUUAUGGAAAACUAGCUACUUACGAUGGUCUGGAGAGAUUCGAAUGGCUGCAUAGUUACUCAAAGAUUGUAAACCCCAAGGGAAAGUAUGAUCCUCGAGGCGUAUUUAUGACCUUUGAAAAUUACAAUGUCGAAGUCAGGGAUAGAGUUAAGUGUAUCAGCGGCACCGACGGUGUACCGAUAUCGACGCAAUGGGAGAGCCAGGGAUACUAUUAUCCCACACAAAUUGCUCAAUUUGGAUUAUCACAUUACAGUAAAAAUCUAACCGAGCCCGAGCCACACAGAAAGAUCAUUGAGGAUUCUGAUAAAAUUAAGCAGAAUUGGAACGUUCCUCAAGGAUCGGUUAUGAACAGAGUUUACGACAAGCAAGCUAAUAGUUACGUCCUGAAAUUCGCCACUCCGGAAACGAGCACUUCCGGGAUUUCUUUGAAGCUGGAUCACGUAUUGGACUUUGUAUUGAAAUGGGAUCUUAAUAUUAAAGACAAUGGAAGUGUCACGGUUGCAUUACAGUCACGGGAGAAGAAAGAGAUAUACUACCUUCACUAUGUUACUAACAACAUAGUUUUGUAUAAUUAUAAUAAUCAUGUGCACUAUGGAAUCGGACAAGCUAACCAUCAGUGGAAACGUCUUACUAGAGACCUCGUAGUUGACUUACAAAAAGGUCUUUAUUUGAAUGAUAAAAGUAGAAAGAAAAUACCUCGGUCUAAGUUAAAGGUAGUUAAAAUUACUUUGUACGGCUCCGGUAUGAUUGACAAUAUGACAUUAUCGACUAGCGAGCAUAUGGAGCAAUUUUAUGAUGCGGCAAGAUGGUUUGUCGCUAAUCAGAAUAUCACCUCCGGUGGUUGGCCGAAUCCUGUCAGAAGAAAAGUAGCGUCUGGAAUGGCUAUUCUCGAGCCUGGAUGGUAUUCCAGUAUGGGACAGGGUCACGCGAUAUCAGUGUUAGCACGGGCAUAUUAUCAUUCUGGAGAGGCGAAAUACUUACAGGCCGCUAUUAGAGGCCUACGACCUUUCAGACUGACAUCCGCUAAAGGAGGGGUGGCUGCGCUAUUUCUAAGCAAAUAUGUCUGGUACGAGGAGUAUCCUACUACCCCUUCGUCUUUCAUACUCAAUGGUUUUAUUUAUUCGCUUAUUGGUCUCUACGAUUUGAAGAGCAUAGCGGUGGGUAAGGACGCGGAGGAAGCGACUAGACUUUUUAAUCAGGGUAUGAUAUCGUUAAAAAACAUGUUAACGUUAUACGAUACCGGUUCAGGUACAACGUAUGAUUUGCGUCAUUUUACAUUAAAGACAGCACCGAAUUUAGCUAGAUGGGAUUACCAUUCUACUCACAUUAAUCAACUUCUUCUUCUCAAUUCUAUCGAUAACGAUCCUAUUUUUAUCACAACUGCGGAGAGAUGGAUCGGUUACAUGAAUGGUAAAAGAGCGGCGCAUAAUUAA